GCUGCGCUUGAGCAGGCACUCCCAGGGAGGUUUGGGAAGUCGGAAUAGAGCCAUUGUGUGGGGUAAAACAUCCCCGAGCCGGGGUGUGCAGAUCCAGCCCUGCUCGGGGAUGGUUCCCAUGGCUUUGUGCUGUUUGCAGACUGAGGAGCAUCCCCUUGCCAGGGCUGCAGCUCCUGCUGGGAGUCCCCAUCCCAGCCCCCGGCUCCCAGCGCCAUCCCAAGAGAACGGGGCGGUUUCCCCAGCCUAGGAGCCGUGUGUUUGAUGAAGGCAGAUUCUAUUUGUGUCCACCUGGGCUGUGCCAGUGCCGAGCCGGGCGAGGAGCGGCCGCUGCGCCCCGAGCUCCAUCCCUGAGCCCGCUGGGACCCCCAGCCCUGCUGUGCCAUCCCCGGGGCCCUGGGGGCUCCCUGCUCACCAGCUCCGGGCUCCAUCUCCUCCUCCUCCUCCUCCUCCUCCUCAGCGAGCUCUAAUCCCCGCAGACCGGGAGCUGAGCGCCGGCAGCCAGCAGGAGUUGCUUUGUCUGUGCUGACUGGGCGUUCCCCAGUUCCACUCUGGAGGAGAUGGGGUGCAAGGAAGAGGAUGGCAGCGGCUCCUGGAAGAAGCAGACCAGCAACAUCCGCAAAACCUUCAUCUUCAUGGAGGCCCUGGGAUCAGGUGCCUUCUCUGAAGUUUUCCUGGUGAAGCAGAAAAGCACUGGCAAGCUCUUUGCUCUGAAAUGCAUCAAGAAGUCUCCUCUCAACAGGGACAGCAGCUUGGAGAACGAAAUAGCAGUGCUGAAAAAAAUAAAGCACGAAAACAUUGUGACUUUGGAAGAUAUUUAUGAGAGCACAACCCACUUCUACCUGGUGAUGCAGCUGGUGUCUGGGGGAGAGCUGUUUGACAGGAUCCUGGAGCGGGGCGUUUACACAGAGAAGGAUGCCAGCCUGGUGAUCCACCAGGUGCUGACAGCUGUGAAAUACCUGCACGAGAACGGCAUCGUGCACCGGGACCUGAAGCCUGAGAACCUCCUGUACCUCACCCCCGAGGAGAACUCCAAAAUCAUGAUCACGGAUUUCGGCCUGUCCAAAAUGGAGCAGAACGGGAUCAUGUCCACGGCCUGUGGGACUCCAGGAUAUGUGGCCCCCGAGGUGCUGGCGCAGAAGCCGUACAGCAAAGCCGUGGACUGCUGGUCCAUCGGGGUCAUCACCUACAUCCUCCUCUGUGGGUACCCCCCCUUCUAUGAAGAAACCGAAUCCAAACUCUUUGAGAAGAUUAAAGAAGGCUACUAUGAGUUCGAGUCUCCGUUUUGGGACGAUAUCUCCGAGUCAGCCAAGGACUUCAUCCGGCAUUUACUGGAGAAGAACCCAAGCGCGAGGUUCACCUGUGAGGAGGCCCUGAGGCACCCGUGGAUUAAUGGAAAUACAGCCCUUCACCGUGACAUCUACCCAUCUGUCAGCGCUCAGAUCCAGAAAAACUUCGCAAAGAGCAAAUGGAGGCAAGCCUUCAACGCCGCGGCCGUCGUGCACCACAUGAAGAAGCUGCACAUGAGUGGCCACGGGGCAGCCGAGGGCUCUGUCCCUGUCACUGAGCCCUCAGAGCCCCCCAGGCCCAGCAGCCCCUCGGGGACCCCCCUGCCAGCAGCACCCAGCGAGGACAAGGACACGGCGCAGGGCCCCUCUCAGGGGCACCCAAAGCCACCCAAACCCUCUCAGCCCGAGCAGGACUCGGGAAUGGGGCAGGAAGAGCUGCCAAGCCCCCUGGAGGAAGGAUCCCUGCCCGGGAACAGCAGCCUGGCCCUGCCGGACACCCACAGCCCCCCGGGCAGGAGCUCCUGUGGCUGCAGCCCCUCCUGUGUGGGCCAUGAGAAGACAAAGGUGUCCUCCUGCUCCGAGACAGUGCUGCUGAAAAAAUCUUCAAAAUCCCACAGCCAUUUCAAGUCAGAGGUUCUCGUUCCAAUGAAAACCAGUAAACACUCGUCUCACUGUGGCACUGGGCAAACUGGAGUUUGUUUGAUCAUGUGAUGGAGGCAGCCACAUGGUCAGAGAACCAGAAGGGCUCUUUCACUCUUUUCUGCACUCCAGAGGCAGACACGGCCAGUGUGAGCAGGAAAGGAGGCUCUGCCCCUUCAGCAGCUCUGGAGAGCAGUGUCCAGCUGGGGACAGGGCACAGCAGUGCCAGGAUCCAUCUCUGCUCGGGUGUUUCUGGAUCAUUCCAGCUGGGAGGAGGCGAGGGAAGGCCUGGGGCUCCUGCUCCCACACCCAGUGUACAUUACCAUAGAGCAUCAUCAGUGCUACGAGCUUCUGCUUUCUGUACCCUGCUGAGCUGUCAAGGCACAAAUGCGCUGCACACCAUCCCCAUAAACCAAAGCCAUGCAGAGCUUCUCUCCCGUGGUUCUCACAGCCCUCACCCUCUCCUCGGCCUCGGGGAGUCCCAGGCUUUGGCACUCGAGUUCAGCUGCCCAGGCUGCUCAGCCCUCACUGAGACCAACCUGCAAGAAACCUCCCUGUGUCUGACAAUAACACAGCAAGGUCUGAGCUCCGCUUCCAAGGCUGUGAUUGCACAAUGAACACUUGCUUAAUAAAGCUGAGAUUUGUUUUGUAAA